AGGGAUAAUCACGCACGCUCGACGACAUCAACCAGAAAGUUCUUCGAUCGCAAUUUUCUUUCUUUCCAACACAACACAAGCAUGGCGGAGGACUUCGAAAUGGACCUGGACUUGGAUGUCAUCGAAGUUCCCAUCGUGGAACCCGAAGUCGACAGGGAAGAGCAGGGCGAGAGUGAGAGGUUAGCUGGCAAUGAGAAAUUCAAGAUUAGGGACUACAGAGGCGCACUUGCCUGCUACACCAGGGCUGUUGACUGGUGUCCCAAAAAUGUGAACUAUCUUGGAAAUAGAUCAGCCUGCUUGCUGAUGCUCAGCGACUUCACAGGUGCGUUGGCUGAUGCAAGAAAAACAGUCGAGAUGGAUCCAACAUAUAUGAAGGGCUACAGCCGGAUUGCCAAAUGCUGCAUCAAUUUGGGGGAUAUCGCAACCGCGGAAAACUACAUUCAGAGGGCUUUGGAGAUCGAGCCAGACAACCAGUCAUUUAACCCUGAAAAGGGCAACAUCGAAACUGUCAAGUACCAUCUCGCAGAAGCACAGCGGGCCCUGGAUAAAGAGGAUUACCGAAAGGUUGUCUAUUGCAUGGACCGGUGCAUUGCCGUCUCCUGUGCCUGCUCUCACUUCCGGCUCUUAAAGGCCGAGUCCUUGGCCUUCCUUGGCAGGUUCCAAGAGGGCGAAGAGCUGGCCAACAACGUGCUGGCCAAGGACAAAAGCAGUAUAGAGGCCAUCUACGUGCGUGGCCUGUGCCUCUACUUCCAGGACAACCUUGACAAGGCGCUUACCUACUUCCAAACGGUGCUGCGUCUCGCACCUGACUUCGAAAAAGCAAAGGUGGCCUAUAAAAAGGCCAAGCUGACCCGCCAAUUGAAGGACGAGGGGAACCAGCUCUACAACAGCGGAAAACUGGUCGAGGCUGCGGAAAAGUACACUUGCGCCCUCGAGGUUGACGCUCUUAACUGCGUGACCAACUCAAAAUUGUUUUGCAACCGCGCUGCUGUGUCUGCUAAGCUGAACCAAUACCAGGAGGUGAUUGACGACUGCAACAGAGCUCUCAAACUGGACCCACAGUACCAAAAGGCGCUGCUCAGGCGAGCGAUCGCUUACUCAGAGUUGAAGAACUACGAAGAGGCUGUGAAAGACUACGAAGCCCUUUACAAAAUGAACCGCAGCAGGGAAAACAAAAAGAUGUGGAACGAUGCGAAACUGGAGCUGAAAAAGUCAAAGAGGAAAGACUACUACAAAAUCCUGGGCCUGUCGAAGAACGCGUCGGACGAUGACAUCAAGAAGGCGUACAAGAAGAAGGCCUUAGAGCACCACCCAGAUCGCCACGCGAACACCAGCGACGUUGAGAAAAAGGAGCACGAGCGCUUGUUCAAGGACGUGGGCGAGGCGUACGCUGUUCUCAUGGACGCUAAGAAGCGCGGCCGAUACGACAGCGGCCACGACCUGGACGACGAGUUCGAUGGACACGGCUUCAACCCGAUGGACGCCGCAAACCUGUUCAGCCAGUUUGACGGCAACGACAUGGGCUUCAACUUCCAGUCGCACGGCUUCCCAUCCAACUUCUCAUUCCACUUUGGUUGAUCUCUGUUUGGAACUGCUCUCCAUCAUGGUGUGUUGUUGUAAGAGGAUUGUAAAUGACUUAAACCAGAGGUGGUUAUGGCUCUCAACAGAAGAGUGACUCUUUAAGUAGCUUUCGCUGUCUGUCGAGAGUCGUGUGAAUGAACUGUUGCUGUUUUGUGUAAAUAUCCAGCGGAUCACAAACGAACAUUGUUCUAAUUAAAAAUUCACAAUUUAUCUAUGAA